GUUAACGACACGAAAAUAAGUUUUGUUUUGAAUGACAGGCGGCCGUUUGGAUUUUGAAAUUCGCAAUUUGGUGUUUAUUUUGUGAAAUAAUCGUUUGAAGAGGUAAAUUGUGUACAUAACGUAGUAAUUAGUGCUAAAAUAAAAUAAUGGAUUACUCAACUAUAAGCAACAAAACAACUUUUACUGAAGCGGAGGACAUAACAAACGGAGAAUUGAGUGAACGAUAUUAUUUACUCAAAAAACAGUUCGAGAGUUUAUCCGUUAGUUAUGAAGCAACAAAACAAGAGCUGCAUGAUACCAGGCGGAGCUAUCAGACCGCUUUGGAUGUGCAGGGCCACUUAAACGCGGAGUUAGAGAGUUUCCAAGCGGAGGAAGAAAAGAGGAGGAGUGAGCUUACGUCCCGGAUCACAACUCUUCAAGAGGAGAUAUCAGCUCUACGUGAGGAGCGUUCAGAGACCGCUGAAAGCCAUGCGAGUGAAAUUAAAAAGCUUGAAGCAGACAUACGUCGGUUAAAGGAGGAUCAAGCUAUUAAAGUUCAAAUAGCGAGUCCUGAGAAGGAUAAUACAGAGUUAGAUGAAGCUAAGACGGCGCUGAAUGAUGCUUUGUGCGAUGCGACGGCAGCGAAGUCGGCGCUGGAAGACGCGCGUGCGGAGAUUGCAUCCUGGAAGAUGAGGGCUAAGGAGUUGGUGUCGGAAAUGGCGGAGAUGCGUGCAGCGUCGGAGUUGAGGCGAGAGGAGCUGAGAGCUGCUGGUGAGAGAGAAGCCACGGCGCUGGCGGAACUAGCUGAAGCCAGGGCUAUGCUGCACCAGUGCAGUAACCCUGAUGAUUUGCAGCCACAUGCUGCAAAAGGCAACUCAAUAUUUGCUGAAGUUGAGGACAAGAGGCAGGAGAUGGCCAAGAAUCUCAUUCAUAUGAAACAGACCAACUCUAGAUUAAGGAGAGAGCUGGCCAACAAGCAGUCAGAGCUAGAAGCCCUUCUUCACGAGAAGCAGACUAUCUGGGAGCAGCAGGCUGGCUCCGCCGCCCACUAUGACAGGGAGCUCAUUGAUAACUAUGAGGAGCGCAUCACUCAGCUGGAGGGUCUGUGUGAGCGACAGAGAAGAGAGCAGUCUCGCUGGUUCGGUAAGCUUUGCGAACCGACGGCACAGGGCUGGCUGCCUGGAGUACUUGAGCACUUGAAAUCAGAAUGCGAGAACCUGCGAGCCGAAGUCCUAUCCCGAGGCACUGCCCAGUUAGCAAGUGCAGCCCAAGUGCGCGACCUGCGAAGGAAACUCGCCCUAGCGACCGCCAGCGCAGCCAAACUCACCGCAUCACCUCUUGCAGAAACCAAUGGUAACAUCGUUAAAGCUGAAAUUCCCGUGAAGAUGCCCGCGAAACCAAGACCUACGCCUGACGAUGUCAAGAAAAAAGUGUCAUUUAAUUGAAUAAAAUUAAAAUGUAAAAUAGAGUUAAUUAAUCUGUAAGUCUUUAUACUGUAUGU